AUGCCGCCAGUCGCCGCCGAAUCUUUCGGAGAACCAAGAGAGACAGAACUCAUGGAGCGCGCGUCGAUGGCCGUUUUGAGCAACGUUGUGCAGCUGGUUGGGCAGGAGUUCCGCCAGCUCCGCGCCGUCCGCGGCGAGGUCACUGAGCUGAGGGACGAGCUGGCCACGAUGAACACCCUCCUGCGCAUGCAGUCCGAAGCUGAUGCAAGUGGCUUGAGCCACUUCGUCCGGGAGUGGAUGAAGCAACUCCGGGAGCUCGCCUACGACGCCGAGGACUGCGUCGACCUCUACCUGUUUCGCAUCAGGUGCCAGCAGGGCGACGGCUUCCUCGUCUGGUCCAAACGCCUGCUUGCUACGCUUUUCCCUCGCCAUUGCCUCGCCGGCGAGAUCACGGCCCUCCGCAUCCGUGCUGUUUCCAUCAGCGAGCGCCAUGCUCGUUACGGCGUCAGCAUCGAGCUGCUGGGCCGCACUGCUUCUUCUUCGGAGGCUUUGCAGGCAGUGGUGGCGUCAGCACGUGCGCCACGCCCUCACAACGACCCCAACCAGUUCGUCGGCAUCAAGGCCCAGGCUGAGAACCUGGGCAAGAAGGUGGUGAAGGCGGCUGUCUGUGAGAGUGACAAAGAGCUCAAGGUGUUCUCUAUCGUGGGCUUUGGAGGCCUCGGGAAAACCACGCUGGCCAUGGAGGUCUGCCGGCAGCUGGAGACGGAGUUCAAACGCCAGGCCAAUGUGUCCGUGUCGCAGACCUUCGGCAGCAAGGAUCUCCAGGGAUUACUAAAGCGCGUGCUUCUGCAGGUCGUGACCCUACCGUCUAAUCAAAACGAGCAAGCGGCGCUCCUUCGUAAGAUUGACGGCAUGGAUGUAGGCGAGCUAGAAGGCAUGCUCAAGGAGAGUCUCCAGAACAACAGGUAUACCGUCGAUAAGAUGAUUAUUUCCAUCGAUAAGAUGGGCAGGCCUAGCUUUUCCUUCUUAGUAUGUAGGUACCUAAUUUUUAUCGAUGAUGUAUGGAGCAAAGCAGCCUGGGAGGCAAUCUGGUCCAAGUUACCAAGCAGCAACUGCGGCAGCAGAAUCAUCGUGACCACUCGGAUAGAUACUGUGGCCAAAGCAUGUUCUAAUUAUUGUGAUUAUUACAUCCAUCAUAUGAAGCCCCUAGAUGAGAAACAGUCAGAUCAGUUGUUCCGAAGAAAAGCAUUUGGCUCAAUGACCGAAGAUUCUUGCCCAGAGUAUUUGAAAGGUGCAAUGGAAAACAUCUUGAAAAAAUGUGGUGGGCUACCCUUAGCCAUUGCUAACAUUGCAAGCCUUUUGGCAAGCUAUACACAUCCAGAAGGGAAGAAGAUGUGGGAAAUAGUUGGCAGGUCAAUUGGUUCACAGAUGGAUAACAAUCCUACUCUUGAGGGGAUGAGGCAGAUACUCACACUUAGCUAUGACCACCUACCCCACCACCUCAAGGCUUGCAUUAUGUAUCUUAGCAUUUUCCCAGAGGAUUACGUGAUCUGCAAGGAUCGACUAUUGAAGAGAUGGAUCGCUGAAGGGUUAAUUCCUGAGAAGCGAGGGAUGACCCAGAUGGAGCUUGCUGAAGCCUACUUCAAUGAGCUGAUGAGUAGAAGCAUGAUUGACCGAGGCACCGAUAUAGUUACCGUGUACCAAUGGAGGGAAGAGACAUGCCGAAUGCAUGACAUGAUGCUUGAGGUCAUGGUGUCCAAAUCCCUAGAGUCUAACUUUGUUAGCCUACUAGGUAGGCAAUAUGAAGGGAUGGCAUAUGAUAGGAUUCGACGUCUUGCCAUACAUGGCGGAGUAGAGGCAACCCAAGAGUCUUCAUCAAAGAAAAUGACAGCACACCGUGGUAUCAAGGCGAUGACUAUGAAGCAUGUCCGAUCACUAAGCAUAUUUGAUACUGAAGCACAAAAUCUGCUUGCCCGGUUAGGAGAGUUCAUGUUGCUAAGGGUACUUGACCUAGAAGACUGCAAAGGUCUGCAGAAAGAGCAUAUGAGUCAUAUCUGUCGGAUGUAUCUUUUAAGGUUCUUAAGCUUGAAGUGUUCAGAUAUCAAGGUGAUGCCUUCAAGAAUUGGUGAUCUCGAGCAUUUACAGACACUUGAUGUACGUCAAACACAACUGACGAGUCUACCAGAAACAGUCACAAAGCUAGAGAAGCUGGAGCACCUGUUGUUCACCACCAAAGAUGGCAAUUUAAUGUCUGGUUGGAUACUGCCCCAAGGGAUCAACAAAAUGAAGGCACUACGCCAGCUGAAUAAAGCGGUUGUGGUAUCUGAGGAGAAGGUCGCCAAGGAGAUUGGUGACCUGGAUCAAUUGGAAGACUUAUGCAUCUAUGUAGACACAAGAAAUAAGGAUAUGGAUCAGAAUGUUCUCGAAGAGCUUGCCAAAUCCCUGAGCAAGAUGAACUCCCUCCAGUUGCUCGACAUUGGAAAUCUUGGUUGUGAUAAAUGGCCUUUCAAACGGGCAUUGCAUUUUCUCCAUCAAGUAAAGUCGCCACCACAGCUGCUCCGUUACUUUAGGAUUUGCGGCCUCAUUGACCAAUUGCCAAAAUGGGUGGGGGGACUCAUGAAUCUUACCGAGUUGGUCAUAGCUUGGACAUACGUUGAUGGUGUCCAACUAUUCAGCGACAUAUGUAAGUUGCCCAACCUGCAGAGGCUGACCCUGGGGCCAUACUUCAUAAGACACGGGCAAGACAUGGUUGCACGCAGUAGCCAGUCCUUUCCGAAGCUCAAGGAACUAACUCUGGGCUAUUCUCCUGAAGUUCCUGAAGUUUAUGGAUUUGAGAAAGGAUGCAUGCCAGAGCUGGAGACGCUUGUGCUGCAGUUUGAUGACCAGUGGAAGACAACUGCUGGUAUUGAGCACUUGAAAAACCUUAAAGAGGUGCAGAUCAGUUGUGUCAAAGAAGGUGCAUUGGCUGCUGUAGUAGAGGUGCUGGAGGUGGAGAAUAAUCAUCGACUCAAAUCUGACCGCGAAGAGAUCAGAGUUAUAGUGAGGUCGUAG